CCUCACAUCCUUCAUCUGAGGCUUCUACAACAGGAACAACUUGUUCUCUUCCUUCGUCAACAUGAUGCUUCUUCAUGUGCCGACUGCUGCACCACGAGGCCGCGGCAGAGGCGGCUUCAGAAGGGGAGGCCGUGGCAGAGGCCAUUUUCACCAAUAGGGUCAGCCCUAGGGCCAUCUACCUCACGGCCAGGGCUAUGGACAACAACAAGGACAAUCUACACAGCCGAGACCUAGCUUCCCAUCGGCUAAGGAUAUUCUUGGUACUAUACUCCCACCAGUUGUGUGACAAAUCUAUUUUUCUCAACCGUCUGGACCUGCUCUUCUCACUCCAUGUGGCGAAGGACAAAACUUCAGGGGUACUUCUUCUACUGGCAACCACUAAUGGCUAUCUCUAUCCUCUCAACCCGAGUCCGCCUACUAGCUUGCUUUGUCCUCUAGCUGUCACCACAUCUGGCCCUGUGUGGCAUCGUAGAUUAGGUUAUUGUGGUAAAAUAUAUUAUGUAUUUUACACACUCAAAAGCAUAUAUGUACGAGUUCAUGCCGAUUAGGCAAAUCUCAACGACUACCUUUUUUAGAAG